AUGUGCAGGAUGCUGUCACUCCUGGAUUUCUUUUCAGGAUAUGAUCAGAUGGAACUAGCGGAGGUCAGCAGAGACUUGACUAGUUUCAUGACGCCAAUUGGAUUACUAAGAAUGUGCACGCUGCCGCAAGGAGCCACAAACUCAGUCGCCCAGUUCACCCGAAACAUCCUCCGAAUCUUGAGAGACCUGAUCCCUGACGUCUGUCGGUCCUUCCUAGACGAUAUCUGCGUCAGGGGACCUACAACGGACUACGGUGGGGAGGAGGCAGCCCCAGGAAUACGCCGCUUUGUUCUGGAGCACUUGAUCAACCUCGAUAAAGUGCUAGUGAACAUUGAGCUAUCAGGCUGCACGGUUGCAGGCCAGAAGUCUCAGUUUUGCAGAAAAACGGCAGUGGUUACUGGCUACCUCUGUGGGACCUACGGGAGGAAGCCAGAAGAGAGGAAGGUUGUGAAAAUUUUGGAGUGGGAAGACUGCUUCGACGUAGGGGAGGUAAGGUCCUUCCUUGGCAUUGUGGGAUACUAUCGCCAAUGGAUCAAAUGGUUCGCAUGGAUUGCGAAGGCUUUGACGGAUCUGCUGAAGAAAGACGCCGAGUUUGUCUGGGGAGCAGACCAAAAAGAGGCCAUGGAGACAUUGAAGAAGAGGAUCACGGCACCGCCGAUCCUUAUCACUCUUAACUACUCCGAGGAAGCUGGGGAGGUGAUCCUCAUGGUCGACGCAAGCCUUUUAGGCUGGGGAUGCGUUUUAAUGCAGGUGAUCGAUGGGAAAAGGAAACCAAUUCGAUUCGAAUCCGGAUUAUGGAACCCAGCCGAAACUAAGUACGACGCGACAAAGAGAGAGUGCAGGGCGGUCCUCUAUGCCUUCCGCCGCCUUAGGGGCAUGAUCUAUGGCAUUCCCUUUGUCCUUGAGACUGAUUCGCAAGUAUUGGUCCACCAAAUCAACGGCAAAGCAGACGACGUGCCCGGUUCCCUCGUCUUGAGAUGGAUCAGUUACCUUCUUCUCUUUGAUUUUACAGUCAGACACGUACCCGGAAAGAAGAACCGCGUGGCUGACGGAUUGUCACGAAAGCAUGCGGGACCAUCUGAUCAACUGGACGCGCAAGUUGAAGGAGAUAUUGAAGACUUCGUUGACCUCCACCUCAACAUAGUUCACGUCAACGGGGAACCUGACGUCCUGGAUGGCGUCUACUCUCAAGAGCAUAGGGAUAUAGCCAAAUACCUGUGCACCUUUGAGAAGCCUGAGGGGCUGACUCGACGACGACUUUGGAAGCGAGCAAAACGGGACUACGAUUCACCUCUGCUGGUGGUAGAUGACCCGGAGAUGCAGAAGAAGUUGAUCAAAUCGUAUCACUUCGACAGCGGUCACAAGGGCAGGGAAGUGACCUACAACCUUGCGAAGAGGAGAUAUUUCUGGAAUGGCAUGUGGAACCAGGUCUCCGAAGCAGUACGGUGCUGCCCCACCUGUCAAGCCCACGCUCCUUGGAGGCCAUUAGAGGCCGUCCAGCACACUAAACCAUUUGAUCCCAUGAUCAAGGUUCAUUUCGACUGCCAGUAUAUGCCACUAGACCAAGGGUUUAAGUACCUCGCGGAGGCAAGAUGCGAUAUGACAGGAUGGGUGGAAGCGAUCCCUCUGAAGAAGAUCACGGCCAAAGCACUGAGGCGCUUUGCGGCCAACCUUGUCUACCGAUUUGGCAUGAUUUCUGUGGCAGUAGUGGAUGGUGGGCCCGAAUUCAAGAAGGAAUUUCCACCCUUGCUCGAGGAAUUGGGAAUACGGCAGAUCGUCACGUCUCCGUAUAACCCCAAAGCUAAUGGCAUCAAUGAGAGAGGGCACUACUCUAUUUCGAUGGCUUUAAGGAAGAUGGAAAGAAAAGGGAAGCCAAGAUGGUACGACAACCUAGAGAGAGCGCUUUUCGCCGACAGAACAGCUGCGAAAGCACCACACGGACACUCUCCUUUCUAUCUCAUCCACGGAUGGGAGCCAGCGUACCCCCUGGAGGUUGAUCUUCCCACUUGGCGAUUGAUCAAUUGGGAUGAAGUGUCUACGGCAGACGACCUCAUCCUUGCGAGGGUCAGAAUCCUUGAAAGAAAAGGUGAAGACGUAGAAGCAGCGCGGCAAAAGAUUGGUGCAUUCAGGGCGAAAGUUGCGAAGAAGCAGAACGAGAAGAACGUCCACAGGUUGAGAAAGACCCCUCUGAAGGUUGGGGAUUUGAUGGCACGCAAGUGGUAUGGCCCAUUUCGUAUCUUUAAACAUUAUGACGGGGCGAAUCACUACAAGCUCGAGACACUUGAUGGUUACGAGAUCACAAAAUCUAUCCAUGGGGAUCACCUGAAGAAAUUCGUGAAGGACGAAAAUGGCUGGUGGGAAGGGGAGUCAGAUGAAGAGGAAGUCCUCAAGAAGCUCAAAGAGGAGAAAGAAAGUUCAGAGGGAAGCGGAGACAAAGAGAACAUGCGGGUAACGAGAAGCAAGAAAGCAGCGAAUGAUCAAAUGGUUGAUCAAGCAAGCGAUGAUGGAAGUGAGGAGGAAGAUAGUGGGGAGGAGGAUCUUGGCGAAAAAAGUGAGAUGCCAUACCCGAGGAGAAACACUCCAGUACGCAUAGAAGUGCAACUUCCAGGCCUCACUGCUGAGCAAGCUGCUCAGUAUGAAAGCCUCUGA